AUGGCGACCGAAACAGCGCGUGCGCGGUUUGAGGCGGGAUGGAUUGGGCUAGCGCAAGGCAGGAACCGCCAGGUCAAGGAGGUCGCAUUCGUAUAUGAGCCGGACGGCCGGCCCAGCGGCCUGGCCUUUGCUGAGUUUGCCACGCGGGACGAGGCCCUGCAGGCCAUGUCCAAGAACGGGGCCUUCAUAGGGGAACGCUACGUGCGGCUGCUGCACGUGCCAAAACAGGAAAUGCUGGAGCAGGUCAGACUGGGCACGAUCGCGAUCCCCGGCAACGCCCACCGCCGCAGCCGCUUCCAGCAGCAGCAGCAGCAGCAGCAGGCCGCCCCCGGGCUGCACUUCAUGCACGGCGGCCCCGCCCUCAGCAGCCCCUUUGACCACUUUGCGCAGCGCGGCGCAGUGCAGCUGCCACACCUGCAGCAGCACCCGCACGCCGCGUACGGCGCCCAGAUAGACGCCCUCUCGCAGAUGGCGCGCGGCGGCGUGCAGGCGGUGCAGCAUGUGGUGCCGCAGCAGCUCCAGCAGCAGCACCAGCAGCCGCACCAGCAGCAGCCGCAGCUGCAGCAGCAGCAGCGCCUGGUGGAAUUCCAGCCCUACCCCCAGCAGCCCAACGGCGGCGGCGGGAUACACCUGGGUCACGCCGGGUCCGGCGUCCCGGUCAGCAACGCCGGCGGCGGCGGCAACGCGGUGAUGGGUGUUGCGGGCAUCCCGAUUUCCAUGCCCCUGGGCGUGACCAUGGCGCCGCAGUACGUGCAGAUCGGGCCUAACGGCGUGGCCGCGCUGCAGUUGGCGCAGCCGAUGGCCGGCGGCGGCGGGGGCGUGCAGGUGGCGCAGGUGGUGUCGCAGGACGGGCUGCAGAUUGCGAUGGCCGGGGCGCCGAUCGGGCUGCACCAGGUGCAGAUGGCCCCGCCCCACAUGGCGCUGGCCUACCAGCUUGGCGGCAUGACCCUCGGCGGCACGCCCCGCGGCGUGCAGCAGCAGCACAUGCAGCAGCAGCAGAUUGGUCAUCAGCAGCAGAUUAGUCAUCAUCAGCAGCAGCAGCACAGUCAGCACCAGCACAACCACCAGCACCACCAGCAGCAGCAGCAGCACCUGGGAUUACCCCAGGGCGCCGUACUCGCGCCGGCCGGCGCCCACAUCAUGGCGUGCGCCGCGCCGGCGCCGGCGGGGCCGCAUCAGAACGGCUACGCCGCGGCGGGCCGCCUCAUGGUCGGGCAGUCCGGCAGUCCGGGCGGGCAGGCGCCUGUCAUGGUCAUCGGCACCGAGUCAAAGACGGUCAAGAUCAGGGGGCUGCCGUUCCGCGCGACGCCGCUCGACAUCUUCAACUUUUUUGAGGGCAUGCCUAAGCCGCCCUCUCCGCUCCCGUGCGGUCCCUCCCACGCCGCGGGCCACAUCGUCCACCCGCGGCAGCGACAGUGA